GUGACUACAAACAUUUCACGAGCAAUGAGUUCAAUUGUGCGCCCCCUUUCAUCUAUGGUAAACGAGGUCUGCAGCAUCAUGGAGAUAAACAACGAGCGCCGUUACAAACUCCAACGCGGCCUCCAAUCCAUCAAGCGCGAGAUGGAGCAGGUGGUUGGUUUGAUGGAGGACAAGAACAAGGAGUGCCGAGGAGCUCUGCAGGAGACCAGGAUUCAGCAGCUGCAGGAGUUCGUUUACAAUUUCGAAGAUUUCGUGGAAACUCUCCGGGAUCCACCACCCUACAGCAAACCAGUCCUCGUGGCCGUGAAUAUGGACCCCCGUACCGAACAGCUUAGAAGCAUCGAGCACUUCAAGGAGACAAUCUCGUCUCUGGGACUAUAUUUUUUGAACCAGAGCGGUGAAUCGAGCCAAAGUCAAGAUCCAGAUCAGGGUGCUAUGUCAGACCCGGAUGAAGAUGCAGAUGAGGAGCAGCUUCAAAGCAUCGGCGGGCCCAAGAGUGAAAUUGUUGAGCUGCUCAAGACCUCGCCAGGCGAAGAGCAGAAGCUGCGAGUGAUCUCCAUCGUGGGAUGCCGCGGCGUGGGGAAGACUGCCCUUGCAAGAGCAGUACGCAAGAAGUAUUCAUCCUCCGAUGAAUUCGACUGCGUCGCUUGGGUUGUAGCAUCUGGAUGCAACAAGAAGAAGGCUCUUCUAGACAAGAUUCUUGAGAGUGUUCGGGAGGAUCUUGCAAGAAGGGCUCCUGAUGCGGAGAAUGCUCCAAAGGAAGAAUCUGAAGGCGCUUCCACCACAAAACCAAAUCUUCAGGACAUUUUGUCCCACAAGAGGUGCUUGGUCUUCGUUGACGAUGUGCAGCAAGCAUUAGUGUGGAAAGAUACAGUAGAUGCCUGCCGAAAGAAUGGCAGCCGGAGCAGAAUAGUUGUGACCACUAGUGUUCGUUCUGUAGCUACAGCCUGCAGCUCUGGAAGUUAUGUGUACAGAAUGCAAAUUCUUAGUGAUGCUGACUCAGAAAGUUUAUUCUGGAGAAAGGUUUAUGGCUCGGAAACGGCCUAUCCUCCAGAUGCACUGGUAACUGGUUCAAAAAGCAUCUUCAGUAAAUGUGGCGGUUUACCACGGGCACUGACUAGUGUAGCCAAACAUUUAAAUAUGAAAGGAGAUACGCUGGAAAGUACUCACUGCAUAGACGUGGGACAAAACCUUGGCAAAGACUACCUGUUAGGUACCAACAAUGCAGAGAACGUCUUCAAGGAAAUGAGAAGAGCACUUAUGCAUUCCUACGGCAGCUUGCCUGACUAUGACCACAGGUCCUGUAUGCUUUACCUAGGUAUAUUCCCGAAGGGGCAUAAGAUUAAGAGCAAGAGUCUAGUGAGAAGAUUAGUGGCUGAAGGGUUGGUUGUUGAUGAAGGCUGCAAAUGUUUUGAAGAGUUGAUUGACCGGUGUAUCGUUGAGCCAGUGCAGAUCUGCAACAAUUCGGUAGUUGCCAAGAGGUGUCAAGUUCACGGUGUAGUUCUGGAGUACAUCGUUCACAAGUCAGUAGCUAAAAAUGUGGUCACUCUGAUUCAAGGCCAUGAUCCCGUACUUAAAGCAGCAAGCACUCAGGCACGUGUCCGCCGGCUCUCUGUUCAGUCCAGCACCAAAGAAAGAUUUGAUGAACUUGAAGACAAGGCUGCCUUAAGGUCGUUAACAAUGUUCGAAACUGAGCCUACUGAUUUAAAGAUGUGCAAGAUGCUGCGGAUCCUUGAUCUUGAAGGUUGCCAUGGGCUUGACCAGGAGGGGUUUCUUGAAGGCCUAAGUGAAUUGCUGCUUCUCAAGUAUCUCAACCUCAGGAGCACUCGCAUCAACAAGCUCCCCACAAAAAUAAAGAAACUGCAACGUUUGGAGACCCUGGACAUCCGAGAUACAGAUGUGAAAAUAUUGCCCCUGGAUGUCAUCAUGUUGCCCAAGUUAGCUUAUCUGUUUGGCAAGUUUCAGCUACCUGAGGUUCCCACUGAAGGAAAAGAUGCACACAAUCUUUAUGAGUUCCUGAACAAGAAAAGUUCACUGCACACACUUGCUGGAUUUGUCACCAAUAAGAAAGACAGUCCGGAACAUGUUGUACUUAUCGCAAGAAACCUGAAGAAGAUUAAAGUAUGGUGCAACGAUACUCCUGCUGAUGAUGCGGGUUUAUUUCCUGAUUAUACUAAAGUUGCCUCAAGCAGUGCUGCUGCUUCUGAUCGUCCAUCAAAAAGGAGAAGAAACUGGUUCGGCAAAACACAUGUAGUGCCAGAUGACUAUGCCUGUCCUCGGAGCAGAGCUCAAGAAUGUCAGAGUAGAAUCUUGGAUUUUAUAAAGCUUCUUAAGAUUCGCGCCACCCCUCUGGACUCUGUAUCCAUUGUUUCCAACGGAGUAUGCAGUGACUUAUUGAGUUCGCUAGAGGGUGGAGAACGCACCAUCAGCUCCAUCAAACUGCGAGGAAUUUUGGACUGUCUGCCUGAAUCUAACAAGUUAAGGGAGCUAGGUCGAAUUAAGAAGCUUCAGCUCUUCUCAACUGGUCUCACCGCCAAAGAUCUAUCGGCCUUGCAAGUUUUACUUGGUUUGGAAUAUCUGAAGCUGGUGGAGCAUGCUGAUAGAUUCUGCGACAGUAUUUUCGUUGUGGAGAAAAAUGGAUUUCAAAGCCUUAAGAGCCUGUGCAUCGACGCCCCAAAGGUUCCAGAAAUGCAAUUCAAAGAAGGAUCCAUGAGAAGCCUAACAUCCCUUUAUCUCCUUUGUUCAAAUUCUCAGAACCCAUCAGGAGUCAUCGAUGGCAUCUCACAUCUUGCAAAACUCAGUGAAGUGAUACUCCACAGUUCAAUGCAACGAGCUUGGGAAGCAGUGGCAAACGGGCACCCUAACCGCCCGUGUGUGAAGAGGCAACCAGAACCAACUGCCAACACACAGUGACACAGCAGCAUAUGUAACUUGUGGAGCAAGUUCGUCGCUUUCUUCUUGCGUUGUUUUGUCUGAACUUUCCUUCAUGGAUGUGGUUACGUAGCAGUAGUAUUUCAAUAAUUGAUAAGUUAGUACUAUAUUAUAUCAAUAUAAUGUAGCACAAUAUUGUCCUC